CCUCCCUCUCUUCUCCUCCUCCUUUUCCCUCCCCCUUUCCAGCUCCUCCUCCAGCCCUUGUGUGGGACUCCAUUUUCCCAGCCCCAAAGUCUCCAAGGAAAGGGGCCCUGGAGGAGAGAGCAUCUAAGAUGGAAUAGACCCCCACCAAAGCCUUGGCGGCGGCGUUGUUUCUCUUUUCCUCCUCCUCCGCCUCCUCUUCUUCCAUCCCUCCUUCCCUUGUGGGGAGAUUUUUAAGGGGAAAGAAAGGAACCGGGGGAGAAGGAGGCGAGGAGCCUUUUGUGCGUCUUUGCGCGCCUGCCUCCUGUGCGCAUUUCUUGCUUUUUUUGGGUGGGUUUGGGGUAAAAGGGGGGGCCAUCCUCGGCCAGAAUGGAUGACCAAGGGAGGCUGAUCCAAGCCCGGGGGGCUGUGGGGCUGACGGGGCACCCCUCGGUGCCAGGGGUGCCCCCCAUGGGCCCCCACUCCCUCCAUGAGCCCCCCUCGGAUAACGGAGAGCCCAGGAAGCAAGACAUUGGCGACAUCCUCCAGCAGAUCAUGACCAUCACCGACCAAAGCUUGGAUGAAGCUCAAGCAAAUUUAAACUGCAGGAAACACGCGCUGAAUUGUCACCGCAUGAAGCCGGCCUUAUUCACCGUCCUCUGUGAAAUCAAAGAAAAAACAGGACUCAGCAUCCGAAGUUCUCAGGAGGAGGAACCUGUGGACCCUCAGCUGAUGCGUCUGGACAACAUGCUCCUGGCCGAAGGGGUGGCCGGACCCGAGAAAGGGGGUGGCUCUGCGGCAGCAGCGGCGGCUGCAGCAGCGGCAGGAGGGGUGUCCCCCGAUAACUCCAUUGAGCACUCAGAUUAUCGGAACAAGCUCUCACAGAUCCGUCAGAUCUAUCACUCGGAGCUGGAGAAGUAUGAACAGGCCUGCAAUGAGUUUACGACACACGUGAUGAACCUCCUUCGGGAGCAGAGCCGCACACGCCCUGUGUCGCCAAAGGAGAUUGAGCGUAUGGUCAGCAUCAUCCACCGGAAAUUCAGCUCUAUCCAGAUGCAGCUGAAGCAGAGCACAUGUGAAGCCGUCAUGAUCCUCCGCUCUCGCUUCCUUGAUGCCAGGCGGAAGCGACGCAAUUUCAGCAAACAAGCCACAGAAGUGCUCAAUGAGUAUUUCUACUCACACCUGAGCAACCCCUAUCCCAGCGAGGAGGCCAAGGAGGAGCUUGCCAAGAAAUGUGGCAUCACAGUCUCACAGGUCUCAAACUGGUUCGGGAACAAGCGCAUCCGCUAUAAGAAGAACAUCGGCAAGUUCCAAGAGGAAGCCAAUAUUUACGCCGUGAAAACGGCUGUCAGCGCCGCACAGAGUGGGGGCGACUCCCCCAACACCCCCUCCUCCGCGGGCUCUGGUGGCUCCUUCAACCUCUCCAGUUCUGGAGAUAUGUUCAUGGGCCUGCAGGGUCUAAAUGGAGACUCCUAUCCUACAUCACAGGUGGAAUCAAUGCGCCACUCCAUGGGGCCCGGUGGCUAUGGGGACAGUAUGGCUGCCACCCAGAUGUACAGCCCACGGGAAAUGAGGGCUAAUGGCGGCUGGCAAGAAGCAGCCACCCCUUCUUCCGUUACUUCCCCAACAGAAGGUCCUGGCAGCGUCCACUCUGACACCUCCAACUGAUCCCAUUGUGCCAUGCCCCCCAACCCUCCCUUUCAUGUUCCUCAUGGCUCCAGGGAAGAGAAGCAUGCCAGUGCUGAACUCAGCUGGGCAGGGAAAGAACAAUGUUCACUGCCAGGGAAUGACUGCAUCGCCAUGCCGGGGAGGGGAUGGGGAGGGAACCCAGUACAGCACUUCUCAAGAUUCAAGGCGGCAAUGCUCCAUGGGGAAAAUAAUUCAGAAACCACCCAGUGUGAUCUGAGAUGAUGGUCUUUUCCAUGAUCCUGAGGGCCACCUCUUAGUAACCAUGAUGCAAGUCUAGAAAUGGUGAAGGGGACCCAAUAUGAAGACACGGGGGUGGUGGGGUGGGGAUGGGUGGAAGAGGACUAUUCCCAAUUGGUUUAUCUUCUUGGAGGGACUAGGGGAAUAAUCUUACAUGGCACCUGCAACCAGUAUCACAACCUGCUGGAUCAGUCUCGUAGGUAACAUCUGCCUGAGAGGACCUAAAACUGCCUCUCGCUGCGUCCCGUGGGAUGCAAUUCAAACUGGCAGCAGCACUGAUAGGCCUCAUAGGAUGAGCCAAGAAGUUUGCCCAAUACGGCUUAAGUUGGCAUCUCUCCAUGACGGGAUGAUUCCAAGAUGGCAAACUGGUGUCUUCCUGUCAAGUUUGACUAAGAUGUAUAAAAAGGAGAAACAAUCAAAGACUUGGAUUCUGUGUUUACCCACAAGAUGGCAGCUUCUUCACUGGUCAUGGUAAUCGAGGACAGCAACAUCCUUUAUGGAAUCUUUUCUUAAGAAAAUGAACCCAGAAUGUGCUGCUUUGCUUGUCUUGACACAAGAUUGUGCAAGAUCACAGCGAUACCCCUGCCUGGGAUGAAUGAUCCAACACACCUCUGCCUAAUGAACAUUUUCCUUGCAUACAAAGGUCGAAGACGACUUAUCAUCUGAAUGGGAAAGUGGAUGUUCCCCUGAGGUGUCAUCCAAAAAGGAAAUUGUUAUGGUAGAGUCCAAGAUGUGGCUGACAGGCACUCCUCCAUUAGACUAAGAUGUAGCAGAGUGGCAUCUUUCCAUUAAGCUAAGGCAUCAAACAUAAUAUGGUACCUUUAGCAGACAGACUGUGGUGGUGGUGGGCAGUUCAGAGUACUAGAGGAGGAGAAGGAUAAGUAAGCACAAACUUCUUACCUCCUUUUGUGCACAGCUGGAUGCUUGAAAUAGGUUAGGGGUGGAGGGAGCUAUUGGGAUUAGGAAGCCCAGCUCACCCAAAGCAUACAUGUUACAUUAGCUGCAUUGUGAGUGGUGAGACUUCCCCCCUCCCCUUCGUGUCAGUCCCUUGUUUUCCAUUCUUUUUUUGCUUUUCCCCUCUCUCUCUUCAUUAUUAGCAUUUAUCUCAUUUUGAUCAUUAUCUGACUAGUUUUUGCCCUUUGUUUCAGUCUUUCCCCCUCUUCAGGCUAGGCCUUUUUUUCUGUCAGUCAAACAAAGCAUAGCCAGUUGGUUUUUCCCUUUUCUGUAAUACUUUUGCCAGCUCUUAAUCUUGUGCUGAACAGGAUGGAAUACAUAUAUAGUUAAGAAGCAGAAAGAAAAGGGACAUCCAUGAUAAUGGUACAGAGCUGAGUCAGGAAAAGUUGGGCCACUCAUUAUUUGGGUUAGAGGGUCAGUGCUCUUGUUGAUGUGUCAGGGUCAAAUUAUUGUGUGCCUUCAAGUUAUUUCUGACUUAGGGCAACACUAAGUCGAACCCAUCACAGGGUUUUCUUGGAAAUAUUUGGUCAGAGGAGGUUUGCCUUUGCUUUCCUCUGAGGAUGAGUGUGUGUGAUUUGCCCAAGGUAACCCAGUGGGUUUUAUGGCCAAGCUGGGAUUCGUAGUUCAUCAUCCAAACCACAACACCACAUUGGUGUUACUAAAUUCAUUAUUGCAUUCAAAAUGGUGACCUUAAAAAAAAGUAUGCUCAGACUUUUUUUGGUUUGGUUUUUGUUGUUUCAGUGAAAAUUGUCUCCCGUGGAACUGUUAUUGUCAGUGGACAGAAAAUUCCCAUUCAUAUGGAUUUGGAUGUGACUUGGGGAGCAGGGCAGGCAAGAUUUUUGUUGGGACCAUAAACAGGAAGAGACUGACUCCCUCUUCAUGCCUGCCAGAAUCCUGAGCCCCUCAUCUCAUUGCAAUUUCUGUUUCUUAAAAAGUAGGUGGAAUCAGUAAUGCAUUUAAUGUAAUGUGUAUUUCAAAGCUCUCCCAGAGACUUGAAAUGUCCCUAGUGAGAAAAUCAUUAUCAAGGGACAAGAGUCCAGGAAAGUCACAUUUCCUGACUAUUACCAAAGUUUUCAGGAACGUGCCAAUGCAAGAGAACAUGUGGGGAUAGCGGCAGUGGUUUAGGGCACACUUCCACCUGCACUGGGUGAUGUGAAGGUUGCAAGGGCUUUACUGGUGUGAAAUAAAUGGGUGUCGUGGGAUAGUGCUACUCAAGUGGUGACCUCUGAGCCAUUAGUUGCCAGUCCCUGCCAAGUUUAAAAGAAAGAAAAAAACAGUUAUUGUCAGUGGACAAAAACAUGUUGCUGGUCCCCGGCUAAGUGGGGGGGGGAUUAUUGUCAUUUCCCCCCCCCCCCGAUAGCCAUAGAAGCCCCAGUACUGUAUAGGACAUGACUAAUGCAGUAUCCUGGGGCUCUAUCACAUGUAUGUCAACAGAUUUCCUUGAAAGGAGGGGGGAAGGCAUGGAAACAGCUACUGAUGGUAAACGUGCCUUUUCCCAAGAACAGCAUGUUGUCUUUGAAUAUUCUGGCAGUGUAUUGCUUUGCAACAGAAGUGUACGUCACGAAGGAAGGAGCAUGCACUAAAUACAAAACUAGUACUGGAUGUCCUUGAUUGUGCAGAACAACCCAAACUCUGAUUAUGCGGAAAAGCUCUUAAAGCUCAUUCAUGUUUGUGCAUCCACUUUUCCUUUAGCCCAAUACUUGGCAUCUUGGGGAAAAGAUUUGAACAAACCAGACAAAGCUGAUGAAGAUUAGAAAUGUGUUCUUUCUUUUCUCUCCUCUCCUCUUUCCCCGUCCCAUGAAUCCUGAUGCAAUGGGGAUGCAACUGCCUGACUCAAGGUAGUUAAAUUUGGUUUAAUCCCAGUAGAAGGUUUAGUUCAAAGGUAUAUUUUCCGUAUUGGGAUGGGAGGGAAAAAAACCCAGAAUGGAUGUGUAAAUAGUUCAAUGAGGAGAAUGAAUGGUCUGAAUGAGAAAGGCUGAACUGAGGAGGGAGAUGAUGAAUAGUCUGAAGUCUAAAAACCAUGGAUCCAAGAAGAGUGGGGUGAGGGAUAAAGUGGAUAAGGAUAGCUAUUGAAAGUAGUGAGAAAUGAAUAAAACCUGGUAGGAGAGCAGAGAUGACGGGAAGAUAAAACAGUCUAAAAAUCUCAUGAAGUGAAAAUAUUAGCUAAGGACCACAAAUGUGAGGGCCAGAGUAUUAAGCUAGAAGCUUAGCUUAAUGUUAAAGUACUGUAGAAGGCUGAUGAGAUUAUGGUCUGGAAAAGGGGGAAAUUCGAACAGUAGCAGAAAGGAGUGUAGGAAAGAUCCAUUAGAAAUUAUUGAUGGAGGGUAAAAACUCAUGGCACCUAUUCACAACUGAGAGUGGCUGUUUGCUCUGACAAAUACAAUCGGAGGGCAUGAGAAGAUACCAAAAUGAGACUCAAAGGAGGAAUGUGAAAACUGUCAAAUCAACGGUUAAAGAAAAGGUAUGGUUGGAGAAAGACGGAUCAUGAAACGCAUCGGACACCCCAAUGGGAUUGAAACCAAGAAAUGAAUGUGAGAUGAGCAGCAAAUGUUCUGGCGGUGUUAAGAGACAAGAAAGUGACCAGGAGCGACCCAAACCCAUCAGACCUUUGACUUGCUCUCACCUCCAUGCUCACAGGAAGGCUCCACGCUAGUCAGUCCAAUAGCUUUAUUACCUCAUGGCGCAAGAAACCAAUAGAGACUUGGGACAGAGACCUUUUGAACCUGCUACCUCUGUGUGCCCUGGGGGCGGGGGGAGACUUAUGUGGGGGGGUCCCCCAAAAAACACUGCCCCAUUUCCCUUGACGGAGGGUGCUGGGGCUCCUUGCCUGACUGGCCGUUUUGACUUGUUCUGUUUUUGGCUCUAGGUUUCCUUUUGCUUUUAUUAUCAUCAUUAUUUUUCUUCUAUAAAAUUGAAGACAAGUUUU